CUAAAUAAAGCUUUCAGAACCUUCAUGAUGAGCAUGCCAGAGACACUGGAGACAGAGGAGGACCUUCUCACCUUUCUCCACAUUAAGUUUUACCACCCGCAGCAGGCUUGUAAGGGUCUCUAUAAUUUGCUCCCCCUGGGGACCAGGACCAGACACUGUGCUGAUGAUCUUCUCAGGCUGGGCCGUGAUACCCAGGCCUGCACCUACUCUCUGGCUGACCCCCGGGUGUCCCGCAAACAGCUGGCCAUAAACGCCUACCGUACCCCCCACAGCACGAAUUUGCUGUUUUCCAUCCAGAAUCUGAGCCAGAGGGGGCGACUGUCAGUGAACGGCUCCUCACUAAACUACCUGGAGAGGAUGGACCUUCCAGACAAGGCUCUGAUCCGGUUCGGAGAGUAUGAGAUGCUCAUCAUUCGAGAGUCCGGAGAGGCCAAGGCCAGUUUUGAGGUGGACCUAGAGGUGCUGCCAGUGCCUCCGUCCAGAGAGACAUGCACCGUUAUGCCUGGAAGGGCUUCUGUCAUGGACACGGGCCUGAUGUAUCAAUCUACAGCUGGGCUCAGAGAACUUGGACCUCAGGAGACUGAUGAGACACUCAUCUGUUAUUCAUGAUGAAAAUGACUAUAAACGUGCAAAGUGAAAUUUAAGAUAAACUGAUACUGACUUGUCAAUGUGAUCUAUUUGGAUUGAGUUCCACUUUUUCUCAUAUUAUAUUGCAAUGUGUGUCAUGGCUCCUUUUAUGAAGAUGUGAAUAUUGUAGCAGUUUGAAGUUGUCUUUAAGGUUAAACCAUAAGUAUUGUACACCUACAUCUUUCCUGUGGUCGUUCUUAAAAUUGUGUAAAUUACAAGAUCA